CCACAUCUUUACUUUUAUUUUGGAUUUUAUUUAGAAAGUCGCAACUCGUUCGUCUCCAGCAAAGCAGUAAAAAUUUUCCACCUAAAUACUAGUGCAAAGUAAUACAAACAAAAAACAGAAAAAACAUCGCUAAACAAAAUUUGUUGUGAAUAAAAUAAAAAACAAAAUUAUUGGGUAAUCGCGAAUCUCACAAUGACCACGUACUUCAGUUACCCCAAUGAAGCCUUGCAAUGCGAAUUGGCACGUAUUGCUAAUGCUAUUGUGGCGCCCGGCAAAGGUAUUCUCGCUGCAGACGAAUCGGUUUCGACUAUGGGUAAACGAUUAAAGGAUAUUGGCGUUGAAAAUACCGAAGAAAAUCGCCGUCAAUAUCGCCAGCUAUUGUUCACUAGCGAUCCUUCAUUGGGAGAAAGCAUUUCCGGUGUCAUUUUAUUCCACGAAACUUUAUAUCAGAAAACCGACGACGGUACACCAUUCGUUGAAUUGUUAAAGCAGCGUAACAUUAUACCCGGCAUUAAAGUCGACAAAGGUGUUGUACCAUUGAUGGGUUCAGAGGAUGAAUGUACUACUCAAGGCUUGGAUGACUUGGCUUGCCGUUGCUUUCAAUACAAGAAAGAUGGCUGCGAUUUUGCUAAAUGGCGUUGUGUUUUGAAGAUUGGCAAGAAUACACCCUCCUAUCAAGCCAUUAUGGAGAAUGCUAAUGUAUUAGCUCGUUACGCUUCUAUUUGCCAAUCGCAGGGCAUCGUGCCGAUUGUAGAACCAGAAGUAUUACCCGAUGGUGAUCAUGAUUUGGAGCGUACCCAAAAAGUCACGGAGACCGUUCUGGCAGCUGUUUAUAAAGCUUUGAACGAUCAUCAUGUCUUUUUGGAAGGUACGCUUUUGAAGCCGAACAUGGUAAUGCCUGGACAAUCGUGCAAAAAGCAAUAUAAACCCGAAGAUGUGGCCUUAGCCACUGUAGAAGCAUUACGCCGCACAGUACCCGCUGCUGUGCCCGGUAUCACUUUUCUGUCGGGUGGUCAAUCGGAAGAAGAAGCCUCUGUACAUUUGAGUGCUAUAAAUAAUGUUUCUUUGCUGAAACCGUGGGCUUUGACCUUUUCUUAUGGUCGAGCCUUGCAAGCUUCUGUAUUGCGUGCUUGGGGCGGCAAAAAGGAGAGCGUCGAAGCUGGACAAAAAGAAUUACUUAAACGUGCUAAGGCCAAUGCACUUGCAUGUCAAGGCAAAUAUGUUGCUGGCUCAAUACCGUCAUAUGCUGCCAAUACCAGUUUGUUUGCUGACAGUCAAGCUGCAGUUGGUAAGUACGUAGCCGGUAGUGUGGUCGGUGUUGGAGCGGAUGCUGGCUUAUUUGUAGCCAACCAUGCCUACUAAACAAUUGAGUUAAAUCAAUAAAAAGAUAUUUUACUUUACUUCAUUGAAUGUUCAAACAUUAGAAACUACAGUUACAACAGAUUUUAUGAUCAACACCUUUAUAUACAUGCAUAUAUAUGUUAAGUAAAAAUUUUGGAAAUUGUAUUUGUAUAUAAUAUAUUUUUUACCGGUUUUUUUUUUUUGACCUUGUGCCGUAAACGGAAUUCAGGAUAGUUGCAAAUACCUCAUAACAUGUGAAAAACGCUUCGUGUUCAAAAAAAUCUUUAACUACGCAAGUUACACAAAUUCAUAUUUCAUAUAACAUUUUUUAGAUAAACAUUAAGACAAAAAAGAACAUGAAAGCACAAUAUUUUAUGAAAAGUUGUUCAUUAUUGUAAUCGUGUAUAGCUAAAUAAUAAAGUUAGCAAAAAAAAAAAAA